AUGAUGGCCUCGAUCGUGCCCCCACACGAAAUCGGACGCCUGGAGCCGGUCGAAUACGAUUCGUACCCGAGCAGCGACAACUCUCCUCCAGCAGCAGCAGCAAAGAGGAUGUCCAAGGCCCCGCCGUCCACAAUGCAGCAGAGCCCGAGGAAGGACGCCACCCGCCGGACAGCGACCGACAUCUUCGAGGAUGCCCAGAAGAAGAGCGCCGCCGAGACAGAGAAUGUCCCACCACGAUCGAUCUCCCCUGAGAUGCAGAAGAGCUUGAAGAAGAAGGCAGCGAUCAAGUAUACCGGCGCUGAACUCAACUCCAUUGGCAAGCAAUGCUCCGCCCGCCUCCCGCCUACCAGCGCUGUCCAAGCCAUGUUCCUAUACGAACUUCAGCGCAAGGCCGACGACGAGAAGUUCUUUCACAGUCGCAUGUUCCAGCUCCGCCGGGAAGAGGAAGCCGCCGCUCUCGAGCGUACGAAAUCUAUACAGACCAUCCAAGCCCUCGAGGCUCGCAUCAAACAGCUCGAGAAGACCAGCCUGAGUCGUGACAACGAAGCAGAGCAGCGCCGGGCGAAAUCCAAGUCGCGACUCCGUUCCCACCAAGAUGCUCUCGACAAGCACAUGACCAGCAUCAACGACCUCUGCGAGAAGCUCACGACCCUCAAUACCGAUAUGCAAGCUCUCCAGACCGCUGUCGCGACUCAAGCCGCCGAAGCUAUCCCCUCAUCCGUCAUCACCGAGCACGCCGCCGCAAUCGCCGAAGUCCACACCACCGCGCUCAACCUCUUCGAAGACCGCGACGGCAUGAUCACCUUGAUGACCGACACCCGCGCCCGCGUCACCAAGCUGGAAGACAACGUCCGGGCGCUGACGCUGCAGAACGCUGCCGUCAAGUCGCCGGGCUCCAUGGCUCCGCAUCGCUUGUCAAUGGCCACGUCCUACGGUGAGAAGUUCGAUCUGGCCGUUCCGAAGGGCAAGGCUCAUGUCUCGCUCAAAUCGGAGGGUUCUGCUCGCAAGGCUAACUCUGCCGCAUAG